AUGGAAGGCACUCCGAGAGGAUGCGGUCGCGGAUGCGGCAGGGGAUUCAUCCCUGAACAUCCUAUCCCUCAAGUAGCACCAGAGCGUACUGCUGAGGAAAAGUUUCGUAAGGAAAAGCCUCCAACGUUUGAUGGUCUGGGCGGUCCCAUGGACGCCGAGAAAUGGGUUAGAACAGUAGAGCGAAUCUUCAGCUACAUCUGUUGCGACGAUGAAGACAAAGUGACUUGCGCAACCUACCAACUGGUAGACGAAGCCGACUUCUGGUGGGAAUCGGCGAGGCGCACAAUGACUGAGGAUCAGUGGGAAAAUUUCACUUGGGAGGAUUUUAAGAAUGAGUUGUAUGAGAAAUACAUAUUGGGAUGCUGUAGACAGAAGAAACAGAACGAGUUCUGGAACUUGAAGCAGAGGGUUGGGACAGUAACUGAGUAUGACAGGGCUUUUAACCAGCUGUCAAGAUAUGCUCCACUCUUAGUGGAUACUGAUGAGAAACGCGCAGAGAAAUUCAGGAAUGGACUGCGCCACGAGAUAUCAAUCUCCCUAGCAAGUCAGGGAGGUCUCACUUAUGCACAAAUUCUAAGCAGAGCUCUCACCAUCGAGUCUUUACUACCAAAGGAGAAAGGAAAAGCUCCGGGACAGUUUGGAUUCAUACCACCUCAAGAUGGUGGUAAAGGAAAAAGAAAGUGGAACGAGGGAACUGGAGGAAACCCAAUCCACUGGAAAAGAGAAGGCGAGUUUUCAUGGCAUAAGAAUGGGAGGAAGGGUGCCAGUGAUUUCGACGAUGAAAGCCACAAAGAUAAUGAGGAAGGGAGAGUGUCAGGCUUUCCUAGUCAGUUUGACAUGAGAACAUGA